AUGUGGCAUUUCAGAGUGAUUUCUGUGAAGUCAAUCUCACUGAACGCACAAAUGUGCACGAUAGUAUACAUGCAGGCCCCACCAGCAUUUCGAAACCACUUCUAUCAUAUGCUACGUUUACUGGCCGUCGAAUUGGCCAAUUCAUCUCUGUUGGUCACGACACUUGUUGUGGGUGUUACUACUCAAUUCAGGCAUGAGUACGUUCGCCUGUUCAGAUGUGGCAAUUCAGCGGCCCCAAUAUGCCCCGUGGAGCAUGGGACACACUCGCUCCGCACAUCAGAUGUUGUUGGAAUUCGAGGAGCGACACCACCAAAGAUGCAGUCGAAACAGCGCCCCCUUGAAGUCGUGUGUCGGAUAAAAACCCUGUUGUGCCCAAAUAUGAAACUUCGCACUCCUGCAUCAAUGCAUGUGGCUGACAGUGAUGAUGAUGAUGAUGAUGAUGAUGAUGAUGAUGAUGAUGAUGGUGAUGAUAAUGAUGAUGAUAGUGAUGAUGAUGAUGGUGAUGAUGAUGAUGAUGAUGAUGACCUUGCGGUUUCGGUCAUUCUGAAGGAGGCAAUGGAAACAGCACUCCUCUCGGUAAACGGUGUGUCGGCACGCCUCACAUAG